GCUGCCCCGCCGCCACCGGAGUGCCCACAGCCCAGCCGGGCCCGCCCCGCCGGGAGCUGCUGGAGGCGGGGCGGGAGCCCCCGCGUCCCGCGGCUGAAAUAGGGGGAGGGCCCGGCCCUCUCCCAGCCCAGGUGGCCGCUGCCCGCCGGCCGCACCGCUGUGGCGAGCCGCGCCGCCUGCGAGCCUUUUUCAAGGAGUUUGAAGAGCUCAAGACAUACUUGCCAGCUGCCCACUGCUCCCCUGCGGCAUCUCACUUUAAGCUUUCAGCUUAACUGAAAUCUGCAAAAAUUCUCUGCUGCAAGAAAACGGGGGUGAUGUCAUCAGAAGAUGAUGCUGGCGGGGAGGCUCCUGGGGGCAGUUUCUGGGAGGCUGGAAACUACAGGCGGACAGUGAAGCGUGUGGAUGAUGGGUACCGGCUCUGCAAUGACUUAAUCUCCUGCUUCCAGGAGCGAGCCAAGAUAGAGAAGAACUAUGCCCAGCAGCUAACAGAAUGGUCUCGUAAGUGGAGGACCAAUGUGGAGAAAGGUCCACAGUAUGGUACUCUGGAGAAGGCCUGGCAUGCCUUCCUGACAGCUGCAGACAAACUGAGUGAAAUUCACUUAGAUGUCCGGAACCACCUGGCUGGCGAAGACUCAGAUAAGAUCAAGGCCUGGCAGAAGGAGGCCUACCACAAGCAGAUGAUUGGAGGCUUCAAGGAGACAAAGGAGGCAGAGGAUGGGUUCCGCAAGGCCCAGAAACCCUGGGUGAAGAAGAUGAAAGAUGUGGAGACUUCAAAGAAAAACUACCAUGCGGCCCGUAAGGAGGAGAAAACAGCCCAUACAAGGGAGAACCAUGCCAAGGCAGACUCAUCUGUCUCACAGGAACAGCUGCGCAAGUUGCAGGAGCGUGUAGAGAAGUGCACUCAGGAGGCUGAAAAGUGCAAGGAUCAAUACGAGAAGAUGCUGGAAGAGCUGAACCGCUACAAUCCCCGCUACAUGGAGGACAUGGAGCAAGUAUUUGAGGGCUGUCAGGAAGCAGAGCGCAAGCGAUUGUGCUUCUUUAAGGAGAUGUUCCUGAAUCUGCACCAGCAUCUCAAUCUCUCCACCAGUGAAAGCUUUCAUGCGUUGUAUCGAGAUCUUUACCAAGUCAUCAUGGCUGCAGACAACCAGGAGGACCUGAAGUGGUGGCGCAACACUCAUGGACCAGGCAUGGUGAUGAAUUGGCCUCAGUUUGAGGAAUGGUCCCUUGAAACACAGCGGGCAAUCACUAAGAAGGAGAAGAGUGGCAAGAUGGCUGAUGAUGUCACGCUGACGAGCAUUUUGCCUACACGGGAUGGUGUUGUCUCACAGACCCCUCUGCAGACAAGGCGAAGCGGAGGGAAGGAAGACAUUUCGGAGUGGUCAGAUGAGGACACUCCCAAGAAGUGCCUGGAUGCCAAUGGGCAUGAGGAGGACAUAAAGGUACCAGGUGUACGGGUACGAGCACUGUAUGAUUACACAGGACAGGAGGCUGAUGAGCUGAGCUUUAAAGCAGGUGAAGAACUAAUGAAGAUUAGCGAGGAAGAUGAGCAGGGCUGGUGCAAGGGCCGACUUCUCACUGGCCAAGUUGGACUCUAUCCUGCUAACUAUGUUGAGAAGGUUGGAUCAUGAUUGCUACUGCCCUGCUAGUGUGUCACAGCCAUACCAGCAUCUCCUGCAGAGGUCACUGGGUCACUGCUGUCCCCAAUCCACCUUUGCAGUAUAUCCAGCAACUUCUGGACUUUGAGGGCACGUAUUCCAUGUAACUAAUGCUUCACUUUAAAUGCCUAGACCUGUAGGGAUUUUCUAAUAAAUAAACAAAGAUGAGUAAAGACUUCUCUGACUGUGAGCACUAUAGGAGUGGAGUGCAGAAGGGAACAGAUUCUUUUAACUGCCACUCAGUGAAAGGAGAUAAGUGACACACGCAACUCUUCAAAACAGAGAAAACAGACUUCCUUGGCUUCAGUGCACAUGCAUCCAUAGGGUGGUGGGGUCUGCCCUGCCCCCAGGCUUCCUGUUCAAGGAACUUUGGAUGUGCAGGGUAAUAGGGAACUUUCUAGUACUGCUUCCCCUUUUUGGCUCAAUCAAGCUGACUGGUGUAAAUCUAUUUUUUCCUCCCACAACUUUCAGAAGUCUUCAGUGUUCUUCACCUGCAGGUUUGUUGGCUCUCUGGUAAGGCAGCUGGUAUAAGUGAUACAGCUUCAACAACCUUGAUGUCCCCUCCCACUGCCCUCAGAUUUAUUGGGGUAACACCAGGAAUGAAUGAUAGUAUAGCCUGGGGACAGGAGAAAGAGGCUUCUAUCUCACAUGAUGUGGCUAAGUAGUUGUGAACAGAACUGUCUGGCAGCAGGCUGGAGUUGACCAAAUGUUCCCUGAGCUAGAAUGGGUCUUGACAUGCACUGAAGGCUGGUGAUAACAAAAAGGCAGCCACAUUCCAGUGCUGUUCUGCUUAGAACCCCUAAAUGCACUAGUAUAUGUUGGGGUUUCUAAUGCCUCUAGAUUAUUUUGGCUAUACUGCUAUUCAUGAAUGCUCAGUGCACAGCAGAGACCCUCUUUUUCCUUCUCCUGCAUAUUCUUGACUUACACGUGCUUUGUCAAAGAGCCCUAUGCUGUGAUGAAGGGUAGCAGAGUGUGGAAGCUACCUGCUGGCUGGCACACUAGCUGUAGAGGGAUAACUCUUCUUCUGGUCCUGAAUCGCUGCAGGUGUACUUAUGCCCAGUUGUUAAGUGCCAUUCAGCAGGGAGGACCUAUCAGACCUCUUUACCUGGCCUGUCUUUCUGCCCUUGAAAGCCUCUGAGGCUGCUGAGUCAAAAUGGGGUUCUUAUCCUAGUGCUCUGCAUAUUCAAACAUCAGGAUUGAUGGACAUGUUCUGUAUAGGAUAAGCCCAAGAGCUUGAGGGGACCAAAAAAAAUAAGGAAAAGCGACUAUUUUGGGAAAAACAAACAGUAGUUUAAAAAUGGUUUACUUACCACAUCUGCUUGAAACUGUUGUUGAGAUGCACUGUGAGUUUGUAGUAGCCUUCCGUAGUGAAAUUCUUGUUCAGGCUUGGCGCAUGUGAGGAACUUGGUCAAGUCAGACUCACAGAACUUGGUCGAGCCUCCGCCAACCAUGCUGGGGUGAACCGCUUCAGAGUGGUUUUGAAAAGGGGUGAUACAGAUAAGGAGUUGUGAAGUCAUAGGUGAGAAUUUGGGAUUAAAUGACCGCAGAAUGUUAACAGCAGCUAGUGAACCAAAAUGGAUGUUUAACAAGCAUAGACUGAAAAGGAGGUGGGGAUGGAUAGAUGCAGACACUGUUAACUUAUGAGAGAUUGAAGUACCACAAACAGCUUGUUGCCUGCCUGCCAGACAGAGCGGAAAUUAACCUUUUACAGCACACUGGAUGCCUUGAAAUGUAGCCUGCCGUGGACAAAGAGAUCUAAGACUAAUGCUAAAUGUGCUUUUGUGACACCACAGAAAUGUAUCAGCUGUUGAAAGGUCUUGCUCAAAGUAUCCCUAGCACUGUAGCUCAUGAAUGAGGGGGAGAAGGGUGCAAACCAAAUGAACAAGGCUAAAGCAUUUUGUUCUGAAUCAGUAAUGUCAUUUCUCAAGAAAAGAGAAAGUAUUCCUAAAAGGUAAUUAAAGAUCUAAGCAACAGACAUUAAAAAUGCCCGGAUUUAGCUAUGAAUUUACUUAUUAUUCAAAGUCCAAUAUUUGAAGAAACCUCUAAGCUCAGGCCAUGUAAUUAGAGGUGUUGGUGUGUAAGCACUUAGAUUUAUUUAAAGAUACAGUACUGAAAGCAGAGACUAGAUCUCAGGUAAAGUAACAACAGUGUUGUAUAGUAAUUGCAAAUGCUCCACUUGCUGACCUACAACUGAAUGAUUUGUUGCUGCUUUGUCCUAACGCUCAUGAAUGUGAAGAGAGCGUGCCUGCCAGGCCUGUGAGAUAACAGAGACAAAACCGGAUAAAAUGACCUAAGAUGUGCUAUAAUGAAUAUGAACGUUUACCUUAUUGGCCUGGAUAUUUUCAAACACUAAUACUAGCCUUUCAUGUGAGGUCAAAAAAUUCUAGAGGGGAGUUACAAAGGAUAACUGGAGGCUUAACUUCAAUUCCUCUUCUGAGUUCUAGUCAGGCUAUAAUUAGGGAUGGAGUUAGGUGUGUCCAGAACCUGCUAUGAGGACAGAAAUGUCCACUGGACAGGACCUCUGAUUACAGUAUAAACAACCUGAAACUCCACAGGACAAAGUCUGAACAGACUUGUUUGUUCUAGGAAAACAUGACCACCUGAUCAUACUGGGCUGCUUGAAGGUUUCCAGAAACAGUGACAUACUGCAGCUUAUGUGAUCAAGUCCCCUAAAGGAAUGUUUGCACAUCAGAAAUUCCUGCCAAGAGCUGAAGUAAUGGAGAGGAGACAACACAUCGAGAAUGAAGAAUUGCUUGGCUGGACUGUACCUCAUAAAUUUCGGCAUGGCAUUUAGUCCUGGCUACUCAAAACCAAAUGGAUUAGUAAAAGAGAGCCUCUGUAGUAAAGAACCAGCUGGAGGGGUAAAAAAAAACCAAAUCAGACACAUGUAAUGAUCUUAUAUUAAACUAAUAGCUCUGCCUGGAGACUUAGUUUUCCAUACAAGCAAAUGAGGUUUCAACCAUAAAGGCUCUAGUUAAAACUUGUCAUCCAUGCCCUGCCAAAAGUUUUGUGUGUGAACAGAGACAUGCACACAUGAACUAAUUGCUGUGCCUGAAUUCCAGAAGGCCAGCAAAGCCUGUUCUUCCCCCAUGGCUUCUGUAAAAACAUACAGAUGCAUCUCUGUGCCUCAUGGGCAACAUGGUGAAAACAUUAUCUAGUCAUAUUUUUUUUUUUUUAAUAAAGCCACUCCUUGUGGAAAGCCUGUACACCUGUGGCUGGCAGAUAAUUAAUUUGGUUCUGACAUCUUCCUGGAAAAUAAUUUCUGAAGUAUCACGCAAAUCUUGGAUUUCCUGUUGAUCAUUAAUUUUCUAGGAAGAGGAAGUUAAAGAUUCUCUAUGACAGACCACACCCAUUUCCCCAAAGCAGCAGCUGAGCUUGCUCAAUCCAUUAAUGAUGUUUAUGCCCUGUAGGCAAAAUCUGGGUCGCAGAACCCACAGGACAGCUGUGCUCUGUGAUGGCAGCUGAGAGUUGCGGUUAGUUUGUAACUCUUGGUGGCUCUCCCGCAGCCCUGUGUGGAGCUUGGGGCCAUUGGUGCUUCAGUUUACUUUCCAUCCUACUUCCCCAUCCCCUAUGUCCUUGUUGUGGCUGUUUUGCUUGGCACGAAGUGCUGAGGCAGGUACAAGUAUGUGGCAAUCCUGCAUGAAGACCCCCCUCGGAGCUGUUAGAAACUGUCCCGUGCUCCCUUUGCUCCUGCCCUGUUUGCAGAUCCAGCCCAAGGCCGCAGCCGUGUGGAGCUCAGAUCUGCUAUUUCAGGCAGGUUUUACCUGACUACAGCGCAGGCUGUGCAUGAACUGGGGCUGCUUCAGUUUAAUUUCUAGAGCUGACAGCGUUAUGCUUAUGGGCAGCAGGCUGCAAAAUGCCCCUCUGCUUGUGAAGAAAGCUGGUGCUGGAGUUAAAAUGGACUUGAACAAUCCACUCAGGCCAGUAGGUGAUCGUUUCUAGGGUAAACGCACAGAGACUGGCUGCAGACUGGUCAUGGGGCUGAACCUGAGACAAAGCCACUCCACAAACUCCAUCUUGACCCAUGGAAAUGUGGUUGGAAAAUACCCACUACAGACUGGUGGGAAAGAUUGUGCAAAACAAGCAAGGCAAAGUAUCUUCAGAGAGACCUCGUACACACACACACAAAAAAAAAGAAAAAGACUUGCAACCAAGUGUUGCACCACUGCCCAGGUACAGGCUAGAAGGACCUGGAAAACUGAGGGGC